UUUCGAAACACUACGCGUACAUGUGUUUGCCGCCACGAUUACUUGCAGUAAUUCCAAUUACGUAUUUAUUCACAUUGAAUUACUAUGAAUUUAUACAUAAGUGUUGAUCUUUUUUAAACUAUACAAGCGAGUAAACAUAUUAAUAUGGAUAGUAUUUUGGAAAGUGAUGAUUUAAAUACUAUAAGUGGGCCAAAUGAGAGUCGCAUCAAUAAUGGAGAAAAUUUGCAAGAAUUACAAGAAGAAACCGAAAAUACAGUACACGGUGAUGAGGAACAGCGAGAAAAAUUAUUACGAAUGCCCCUCGGACGAAUUAAAACAAUUAUCAAAUCGGAUCCAGAAGUUCACUUGGUUAAUCAGGAGGCUGUGUUCUUAAUAGCAAAAUCAACGGAACUUUUUAUUGACUCGCUUGUGAAGGAAGCCUAUAAAUAUACCAUACAAGCGAAGAAAAAGACUGUUCAAAAACGUGAUAUAGAGACUGCAAUUGACAAAGUUGAUGCACUUGUAUUUCUGGAAGGUACGAUGGAUUAAUUGUAUAAUGCGCAAUUAAUAUUUGCACAGAAUUUCGAUGAAUAUUUCAUAUUUACAUGACUUGUAGAGUAUUUAAUACGAUAUAUUAUACAAUAAUUUAGUAAUGUUUUAUA